UCAGAAGACGCGAAUCGAAUCAUAUGAUUUCAAGAUGAACGACGGUGUGUGUGUAUGGGUCGGCUUUCAGUUGUCGAGCUGCAAGUUUUUAUCCUGUUUAAAGAUAUUUUUAACUAAACAAGAUGGAGUUUAAGAUAGAAUAUGAUGAAAUGGAUGAGCAUGUGGUAGUUUCAGUCACUGGCAAAAGAAAACGGGGUCAACCUCAUAAUUCUGCCCGUUCUAAGGCUAAAGAAAAACGUUACAGUGGCAAUGAAAGGAUUUCGCGAAUAGCAUGUAAACACAACAGCGUUUCGUGUGCUGCUGUGACUCUGACAGAAACGGACAUUACCUACAUCAAAGAACAGCUCUAUUCCACCCACGACAAAGUGAAACAAGACGCCAUCCUGCUGUCUCACUUGGAUAUUAUGCAGUGCAAGCGGAGGAGACCGAGUGCUGUAGAAGCCGAGAAGCGAAGACAGAGAGACAUGACUAUAAAGUAUGCCGUCUUAAAAGAAGACCAAACCAAAGUUCCCGUCUGCCAGGCUUCAUUCCUCAGCAUUUUCUGUGUCAAGAAAGAUAGAGUCCAAGGCAUUGCAAAGUACUGGUUUGAGAACGGCAAAGCACGUCCUGAAAAUCGUGGUGGUUCCAGGCAAGAAGAGGACACUGCAAAGGGGGAGCAGGAUCUCAAAUGUCCAAAGACAGAGGAGAGCACUGAGGAUGGUGAACUCACAGAAGUAUCCUGGAAGUGGUAUGAUGCCAUGGAUGAGGCAGUUGGAGGCAGACCUUCAGUUAGUCCACCUUCCCUUAUGGCCUCAUCUGAUACAGAUGUUGCUUUGACCACAUCAGCCUCAGUGAGCCCAGAGCCAGAGAGAACUGGGACAAAAAGAAAAAACUUUGAGGACCUAAUGCGGGAGAUGGAGGAGAGGGAGGCUGAGAGAGUGCGAGAAGCAACAGAGAGGGAGGAGAGACGAUGGCGGGAAAUGGAGGAGAGGGAGGAACGUAGAGAAAGAGAAAGACAAGAGCGAGAGGACAAACGGGAACGAGAAGCCAGAGAAAGAGAAGAAAGAAGACAUCAAGAAGCAAUCGAGAGAGAGGAAAGGAGAGAGAGGGAGGCCAAGGAAAGAGAAGAACGAUUUCUUCGCCUUCUUGAGAUUAUUGCAAAAAAAUAAAAUAUUUCUUUUAAUAAAAUUUA